ACGACUAUGCGCUGUGCACAUAAUUAUAAUUUCCCGCGCUGCAUCGCUCCGCUGAUUAUUGCCUCAAACUCUGCUUACUUCAACCCGCCGUCUGGCACUCAUCAUGAGCAGCUCAGGGGGAUACCCGGGGACUGGAACCAAGGCGGACAAGGACAACCACUCAGACCAGUGCAAUCCCAACAACCAGGAGUACGACGGUCAUAAGAAGGGAUACCCUGGAACUGGCACCAAAUCUGAUUUGGACAACCAUGCCGACCAACUCAACCCCAACAACUCCAAAUACACGCCCAAAGGUGGAAAAUGAAACACUUUUAGAAGACACUUAGCUUUGUGAGAGACUGUAGAAAAAAGACAUUAUAGGCAAUUGCUGUAGUAUAUAUCUAGUUAUAUCAAAGUUAGAUUGAUUCUUUAGCCAUAGAAUCUUGAGCACAUGAAAGUUUGUGUGCAUGCUACUGAAAUAAUAAUCAUACACUCA